AUGACAGUUAACAUAAUUUUUAAUAUUUUUUUGGUGAACUUUCGCUGUCUAGCAUCUAUCAACUGCCGCGUUUCCUUUAACACUGUGCGUCAAGCGCGGUGCGGUGUGUUGAACGGUUACCAUCGGAUAUUAGACAUUAAAAUGUUCUCAUCCUUGUUGGAGACGGCGCGGAACUCGCCAUUCCGCACCCCCCUAUCCACGGCGAGCUGCGAGCCCGCCAUCACAGACACACAGGGCAUGGCCGCGUCUACACCAGUAAAUGGCGACUCCUGCGAGUUCGGCUCGUCUAAAUACUUCGCGCUCUGCGGAUUGGGAGGCAUCCUCUCUUGCGGUAUCACACACACGGCCGUCGUGCCCCUCGAUUUGGUGAAGUGUCGUCUACAAGUGGACGCGGAGAAGUACAAGAAUGUGGUGAACGGGUUCAAGGUGUCCGUGCGGGAAGAGGGCAUGAGGGGUCUCGCCAAGGGCUGGGCCCCCACCUUCAUUGGAUACUCCCUACAGGGUCUGUGCAAGUUCGGUCUGUAUGAAGUGUUCAAAGUGGGCUACUCGGGCAUGUUGGAUGAGGAAACAGCGUACAGCUACCGUACGUUCGUGUAUCUGGCAGCUUCUGCGUCAGCUGAGUUCUUUGCUGACAUUGCUUUGUCCCCUCUUGAAGCUGCUAAGGUAAGAAUCCAGACGAUGCCCGGGUUCGCGAACACGCUGCGCGAGGCGUGGCCCAAGAUGGUGCAGAACGAGGGCUAUGGUACCUUCUACAAGGGGCUGGUGCCGUUAUGGGGCCGCCAGAUACCAUACACCAUGAUGAAGUUUGCCUGCUUCGAAAAGACACUGGAGUUGCUGUAUAAGUACGUGGUGCCGAAGCCCCGCGAGCAGUGCAGCAAGGGCGAGCAGCUGGUGGUGACGUUCGCGGCGGGCUACAUCGCCGGCGUGUUCUGCGCCAUCGUCUCGCAUCCCGCCGACACCGUCGUCUCUAAGCUCAACCAGGACAAGACAGCCACAGUGGGCUCCAUCAUGGGCAAGCUCGGCUGGGCCGGAGUAUGGAAGGGACUGGGACCCAGGAUUGUGAUGAUUGGUACCCUCACUGCCUUGCAAUGGUUCAUCUAUGACGCGGUUAAGGUAUGGCUGAGAAUGCCACGACCCCCGCCACCAGAAAUGCCAGAAUCCAUGAAGAGGCGCCUCGAAGCCGAAGAGGCCGCGAAAAACAAG